AUGUCGACGUCGAAAGCAUUCACCUUGAAGUCCGACCAAAUAUUCAUCACACCAUGUGGUGGCAGUAGUCUUCACGUCUGCUGGUACAACGGCGACCUGAACGAUUUCCAGUUCCAGGGGGGAAAACCCGCCGGCCGCCGCCGCCUUGACGAGCAUUGGGGCAACAAUAAUCGAGUUCGCGUCGGCCCCACGGAAGAACAACACGAGGCGCGAUUGAGGGAUACGAGUUGA